GAAAGAAAAUAAUUUUUCACAACAAGGUGUUUUUGUAUUUUUCCCAAAUUUCUGCACAACUGUGCUGUGUUUUCGUGUGAAAAACAAGUGGAAAAGCAAGAAAAAGGUCCGUAGUGUAAAUUUUUGGUGAAGGCCCGAGGGAAACUGGAUGUUUUGUCGUGGAAAUUGGUGAAAAAGUGGCCGUGACUAACGGGAAUGUGAAUUCCAUUGGAUAGAAAAAGAAGUCAGCUGAUCCGUACGGAUUCUUGUUCUGGAACGUCUUGUGGCUGCCAAAUGACGUGGUAGAAUUUCCCGGAUUGCCCAGCUGUGUCCGCAAGAGACCUUCCUGGUGUGCCGUGAGAUGCGUGGUUGUUGAAUUCACGGGGAAUUUUGCGGAAAAGUUAUGUAAGUUUGCUGCUGGACUAUGCGUGUUUUCCAUCGUAAAAUGCACUUCCCGAAUUUUUCUGGGUCAUUUGCAACUCCAAAUCUCACAAUCCCUAUGCCUGGGUGAAGCUUGCACGGUCGAGGACACGUCUCAAGGCUCUAAAUCCAGUGCCACUGACGUGUUUUGUGUGCAAAAAUAUUAUAUUUGCUUCCAGGUUUGACCUUCGUGAAGCGACGAUGCAAUUCAUUGAAGAAAAUUCCCUCCCACCACCCACUUUUCCACACACAGAUGAGGUUCUAUUUUUGCUUAUCUGUCGCCUCUCCCGCCUCACCCUCGGCACUGCAGAUCGCAUUUCCUUUACACACCGCAGUAGGGAAAUGUUAUGAUGAAAGCAAAGAGGGUAGGCUCAAUUAUUUUCCACUGUGUGGGCGCCUUUUGUGACCCACUCCCCGCACACUCUGACCUCUCUUAAAAAGGAAAUCAAAACUUGGAAUCAUUAAAAAAUUGAACAUUUGAGAAUGAGAGCGUACAUGGAGGAGAAUAAUUAAUUUGAUGAUAUAACACGCUGAAGGAUGUCCUUCCCACACGUCCCAAACACAAAUUAACGUUGUGAAUCCCUUUUAUGACGUUCGUGUGGAAAAAUAAACAGAGAAAAUGCUUCCAAAAGCUCUUUCACAAUUUCUUCCCCUUGAUUUGGUAAAUGAUAAGUUGAGCAAAUAUUUAGAGAGAAGUUGAAUUUAAAGUCACUCUUGAGCCAUUUAAAUUAACCCACAUUCAUGAACACACACACAGAGAGGGAGAAAAUGUUUAGCAGAAAGUUCUUUUGUAAAUAUUCAAAUCAGCUUACAAACUUUGAUAUAAAUAUUAAGGGAAUUAGGGGUAAUUUUAAAGAUUCCUACAAGGUUUCAAUUUUUUUUAAAACUUCUUUAAGACGAUAUUUUAAAUUUUAAGAAAAGAGAAGAAUUAAUUUUAAGAAUUUAAUUUUCCUAUUAAAUUCUUCAGUUUCUAAGAACUAAUCGUAAAGAAACAAGAAUAUUUAUUUAACAAAUCUUAUUCGUUACGGGAAAGAGAAAUGUUGUUCUAUCAUUUUAGCCUAAAAUAUUUGACGAGUUUGGUGAGUUUUCAUAUUAUUUUUUGCCGUAGUUGUAGUAAAUACUCAAAUUAAAUUUUGAGUAAUGAAAACUGCUUUAAACGAGCUGUUGAACGAUUCAGGGGGACCCCUUUGGGGAGAGCUUUGUUGGGGCUUUUAGUGAUCGUAUGAUCGUCAGCUCGGUGGCGAUCACAUGUAGCUGUACUCUGGUGCGUGAUGUUGGUUGGUUUGUAAAGCAGCGACUCUUGUGAAAUAGAGUCAAACAAUCAUUCUCCCACGUCACCCAGUCGUAUACCGAGAGUGAGAUCAAUUGUCUGGCUGUGCUGGGUUCGGAGGGAAAAUCGCGCGCGCGAUCUUGUAAAAUGAAAAAAUCUGCCUCACCAAUGAGGUCAGAAGAAAAUAUUUUUUGCACGAAAAUGUAAAUUGAAAUCACGGCGAUCGGAAAUUUUGCAAGUUUGCUGUUUUAGUUUUGAAUCUUUUGUGGAGGUUACUUCCGUAUUUUGGGAAAUUCUUGAAAACUACCAACUAAAAUUCUCAGUUUAUUAGAAAAUUCACGUGGAAAAUUGCCAGUGUUCUGUAUAACGUGCAAAAGGGUAAACUUGUGCGGGUUUAGUGUGUGCACUUUGGUGGGUCUUGCGUGGAAUUUUGUGCUCUAAAUGCGUGCGGUGUGUACGAAAAAUUUUCCAGAAGAAAUGCCCGAAGGUGGCCCACUUUUGGCAGACACCGUUUUUAUGAGUUCCCAAUGAAGAAUCCACCAGUUUGUUUCUGUGCUGAAUACAAAAUAAGUAGAUUUGAAAGGCCUUAAAAAUGAAGAAAACUCUUCGGAAAAUAAAACAGAAUCUCAUGGAGAGACAAAAGUUGGAGCACGUUGAGGAGAAAAAAGCGUGGAAGAUGGAUUCAUCACCGGGUGCUCUGAUGGAGGAGUAUGAGUUAAUGAAUCAACACAAGUAUCGCAUUUACAUGUCCAACAUUGACAAGGCGUUGAAGAAUUUCGAAUAUUCAAGCGAAUGGGCUGACUUGAUAUCAGCCCUGGGCAAGUUAAAUAAGGUGAUUUCGAGUUAUCCGCAGUAUCAGAUAAUUCCGCGAAGGAUAAAAAUUUCCAAACGCCUGGCACAGUGUAUGCAUCCAGCUCUGCCAUCGGGGGUCCAUUUGAAGGCUCUUGAGACGUAUGAUGUGAUCUUUAGUAAUACAGGAACAGAGAGGCUGGCAACGGAGCUGUUUAUCUACAGUGCUGGCCUAUUUCCGCUCCUUGGCUAUGCUGCUAUGAAUGUCAGGCCCACACUGUUGGGGAUCUAUGAGAAGUACUUUGUUCCACUUGGAGAGCGUCUAAGGCCAGCAUUGAGUGGGUUUCUCAGUGGAGUUCUGCCGGGCUAUGAAUCGGGUUUGGAUCAUUUUGAUCGUACAAAUUCCCUCCUAAAUCUCGUCUCGGCUGCUGUUAAUCCAUUCUGCUUCUACACCUGCCUCUGGGAAUGCGUGGCCACAAAUGCUUCAAUAAGAUUGCCAGCUGUUUCGUACAUUCUGGAUCAUUAUCACAAGAAAAUCCCAAUGGAGGAGCAAAAGUAUUUCUUGGGGAAGAAUCAUGAUGUCCUCAUGGCGGGCCUUUGUGCAUGUCUCAAUGACAAUGUGAUCCUGGUACAGAGGAAUACGCUGGAGUUCCUUCUUCUUGGUUUCCCGAUGCAUACAAAACUCGUGAGUUCGGUGGAUUUAGUGAGACUCGUUACAAAUGCCUUGAAUACAAUCCUAAGGCGAGAUAUGUCCCUAAAUCGUCGUCUGUAUUCGUGGCUUCUUGGAACGGAAGUUGGGAGUGGACGAUCACCAGUUGAGGAACUCCCUCCAAUGUCUGAUUCAAAGGAAUCCUACUUUCAACGAUACUCCCAGGGAAUCUUGAUAAAGGCACUCAAUCAGACACUAAAGAAUAGCCUCAAUUGUGAUCCAGUUGAUCUCAGACCAUACAGGAUUCUCAUUUCCCUCCUGGAUAAAGUUGAAAUUGGCCCUGUUGUCCUUGAUGAAGUUCUCUGUGACGUUAUACGGACAAUGUGCCUCUCAGGAGGAAAUACGGAGGUGGGAAAGUCUGCCAACCUUCUCUUUGCCACAUUUGAUCCAGCCUACAUUUGGAUCUACAUGUCAGGACUCUACGAACGUGCCUGCAAAGCACGCAGUGGAAAGUCCAAAUUAACACUGAACCUCAAAGAGAAGACAAAUUUUGGCCAAGAUGUCCAACCGGAGGUUGAUUCAGGUCCACCAUGUCUUGCAGAAGUUUGCUACCUAACGGAGUUCCUCCUUGAAACAAUAUCGCUCGAAACGUACAAUGAGACAACACGAGUUCACCUGCCGAAAGUUUUUCUCGCCAUAACGCAAAUGUUGACGAUUUAUUCGGAAAAUUUAACACAUGACGAAGUCAGGGCAUCGCUGAAGCUGUGCAUGAAGAUUGUUUCACGUGUCCAACCGAUGAUAACUAGCCCGGCACGUCACAAUUCCACCACAAAACGUGGCGUUGAGAAUGCCGAAGAGGCCCUGGAUAGGGAGCAGGAGGGUACAAGUGGGUUGGAAAAGAGCAAAAGUGAUUCGAAAUUGAAUCAAUCUCUGCUGGAAGAAGCCCUCAUGACGCGUUCAAAUUCCAAUCAUAGUAUGUCGAAGAAGAGCCCCAAAAAGACGAAAAAAUCCAAAUCAUAUUCAAAACUACAGGAACUCGAUAAGGAUAUUUGUUCCGAUACAGGACAACUCAUAAUUCCGUCCGCACUUUCAACGCCAAAUUUGGAGUUUCAGAAUAAUUCAGGGAAGAAGGCGAAGAAGAAGUCCCCAAUUGCGAAACUUCGUAGCAAGUCAAAGACACCCGAUCUCUCACCCCAAAUUGCCGAGGAUUCAAAUGUGGAAACAACUCCGGAGCCAACGUCAAUUGUGAGCGAAAGUGGAGCUAGUUGUGCAGAUGAGGAGGCAAAGAGUGAACCACGGGAGACAAGUAUGAAGGAAUACUCAAUCCUCGAGCAAUGUAUCAGACAGUAUGAGAUUUUCUACCAGAUCUACGUGUCAAAGCAAGUGUUGCAGAUCUCAGGGAAGGAAGGGAAGCCCGUUACACCGUGUCGAAUAACAGUGAGCCCAGAAAUUCCAGGAAGAAGCCUUCUGAUCAGUGAAGACAUUGUCGAAGGGGACAGUCUUGACAGGAUUAAGGAUAUCGAUCGAAUGUUCAAUACACUCAAAGUCAAUGUUCACUGUCGCAUAACGCGGCUGCAGAAUCUCCUCUACAGAACCCUCCUACGCUCAGAUGUAGAAGAUGUAGUAGAGGUUCGACAAUCAGGCGAGAAGAGCGUCUCCUUCAACAUAGAAGAACCGACCAAAAUGAAUGACUUAGACAUGGAAGCAGCUGAGAAGAGUGUUUGCAAUUUAAUGAACAUCAAACUGAGUGAAUCUCUGAGGAAUUCUGUCAAACUUGCAUCGAGCUUGCUCGUUGAUCUCUCAACAUUCCCCAAUUACAAUCAAAGCCUGACAAUUGAUAAGCGAGACAUGAGUAUCCCAAGCUGGUUGAAGGUUCUCUGCCUCGUUGCGAGUUACUUCAGGGCAGACAAGGACCUCCAAGUGGCCGCCAUUACGACACUCUUUGAAAUGAUUUCGUUGUUAAAGUCCCAAAUUGAGCAUGCUACAAGUCCCGGUGUGACGUUCGUUAUUAUGUUGCCUGUAAUGAAGAUAGGUCAUGUUACCUUCUUGGAGAAUCAAACGCGCGUCUUUCACGUGCUAACGUCGAUCUUGUGGGACUACUUGGCCGAUACGAGUGUAGAUCGUGGGCAGAUUAGUUCGUUGCUGUAUCAGUUGCACAAUUGCCUGGACAGUGGUCUCGUGGAGACAGUUAUUGGGCAUCGGAUGCUCAAUACGCACAGAGAAUGGUUGACUGAAGAUGCAAAAGGUCUCACGGGACAGCUCUAUCUGGAUGUAAAUGAAAAUUCACGCAUUAAGACGAACAGAUUGUUGGAGUACAAGACAACGAGGUUGUCUGAUGUGAAGGUGAUGUGUCCACCACCGAUGCAGAAUUUAGCUGAAUGCGGUGAGAUGCUAACUGAGGGUCCAUCCGUAACAUUCAGGAAGUUUGAGUUGCUUUGGCAUCUAGGACGUGAUCGUGGCUUUCGUGGAUUUGAUAAGACAGUCCUUAAGAUGUUUGAUCAUCUCACACUACCUCCACAUAUGGCAAUGAAGACUUUUGUUACAAAAUGGCUGCGAGAAGCUCUACUCCGAGGAGAUUUAUCGCGUCUCAUGCAACCUCUCUUGCUAAUUGUCCUAGCUUCGAAUACAAAAAGAAUUGGAGUUGUUAAUGCGCAUCUCCUGAAGAAGGGAAGUUCAGAUAGUCAAUCGGAUAUUUGGUACAAUCCCGAAAGGCAGACGGAUGAAAGCGAGAUCAUUGAGAGGGAUGUUUAUGCAAUAAGUUCAGAAGAUGGGAAUAUUCGGUACCAUCUCGAAGGGGCAAAGCAGAAGCGAAGUCCAAUUCGAUCGCUUCAAAAGAAAUUCUUUGGAGUCACAAUUGGUAACUCAGCUGGAAAGAAUGGGAGACCGUCGAAUUACAUAAGUGAGAAGAAUAAUUCGGAGCAUAACAGCAAUAUUUCAUUGAUUGUCAAUCCUCUGGAUACGUCGUCUGAUGUGGAUAAUGCUGAUUCGGAUAUAACAUCCCUGAGUAGUAGUGCUCCAACGAAGUUGGUAACAGAAGAUGUAAAUGAAGCACCAGAAGAAAGUCCACCAAAAGAGGAAUCUUGCUUCUCAUCGUGUGACGAAGAAGAUGGCGAAAGUUCAACGGAAUCAGAGUCCGAGACAAGAGAGACAAGCGUUGAAAAAGACGACGUAGCCGUUGCAGAGAAUACCGUUUGUGUUAAACGCUUCGUUGGGCAUUGCAAUCAAGUUGCGGAAGUUUUAACAGAGCACGAUAGGACGAAGAAUCGAAAGACGUACCAUUUAACAAAGAGUGGAAGUCACGUUAUGGAGAAACUCGAACAAUCGUUCACGGAUAUUGCUGAGGGGAUUGGUUACCUUGAGGAAUCCGCAGCUGCAGAGGAAUACUUCAGUUCAUCAGCGGAUUCCAAUGAGGAUGAAACAAUUGAGAAUAUCUUGAAGGAGAUUAUAAGUCAAGCUGCUGAAAAUGUUGAGCAGGAAGACCUCAAACGACACAGUGGAGCAUCAAAGAAUUCAAUUGAGAGUACAUGGAGUGAGGGUAAGGAGAAGAACGACAGCACAGACUCCUUCAGUGGGUAUGACAGUGAAAUCAGCGAGAAUCAAGAGAAGCGACUUUCCCACGAUGAACUGAAACAACCUGUUGAGGCAAAAGCAACUCAAGAAUCCGGCUCGGAGGACCAACAGAAUAGUAAGAAAAUUCAGAGCAAGUUUAACUGGGAAAUGGCGCAAGAAACUUUCCGCAGGAGUAAGCAAAAUGUCGAAAUUCUGCGUCAGAAUAGCGCUUGUGGAAAGAAGAAGAAGAAUGAGCUGCGCAAAGCCUUCUUCGAUAAGCUACAUCCGCUUCAUACGCAUAUGCUUCUUUACUAUGGUGUCUUUGACACGAAACAAGUUCUCUACUCUCUGCAGACAAUUCGAAAUAUUGUUGGGAGUGACUUUAGAACAUUCCUCUGCCUCGCCAUGACAACAACAUUGUCUGAUACGCAAAUAAAGAGCCUCCUCAUACGGCAUAGAAAGAGUAUCUUUGGUAAAGGCUUUGCAGGGAUGAUUGCAAAUACGGAAUACUGCCACGUCUACCGGGGUUGUAUGUACCUCGAGGCUCUCGUUACAAUCUGCCUCUACUACCUUCGUAGCUACUUCCAGAAGAGUGUCUGUGAAGGCAAUAAACUCCCCUCAUCGGAAGAUAUUCGCGGGAAUUGUCGCAUUCAACUGGCAAGCAUUGAACUGCUCACGGUGCUCUGUACUGAAUUGAUGGGGGUGGUGAAGGAGAUGGGCAAGGGCCUGGCGAGUUUCAUUGCUGACAUGAUUGGGCGGUGCAAACUCCAGAAGAUUGUCCUGCACUGCAUCCUGACGUCCGUGCACUCCUUCACAUUCAAGGAGCCUGUAACGUUUACAGAUGAUAUUCUUCGAUUCAAUGAUCCGGACGAUGAGAAACUCCACUUGGAGUCCUUCCAGAUUGAAUCUCUGCGCUUGUUGUUGGCUGUGAUAAAGCUAGAGUACGAGGUGACCAUCCAACGGGGUGAGAGUGAUGGCAAAGGAGCGCAGGGAUCAGAGAAUUCAGGGGGUGGCUCACAAUCGCCAACGCGUCCUGCCCCAAAUACACCCACCAAUGUGAAGUACUUGCCCAAUUGCCCCGUGAGUCAGCAACCGAUGUUCCUCUCGGCAAUUCUCAAUGCCCUCCAAGCGGAUCAUUUGAGGCAUCUCCACAAGAAUUGGACGGACGUUGUGACUUCCUCACUGGGAUGCUAUGCCUUUGGGAGUCUCACAAAUAUCGUGAUUAGUGUUGUGCAUCAAAUUUGUACGAAUCUCGACAAGAUUGCACGCAUUGGACGGCUGACGCUGCCACCGGAUUACAUUCUUGAGCAACUGGAAGCAAUGACGGUGCUCUCCCACUAUUGCCUUCUCGAUAAUACGCAACAGAUGACUUUGUCGCAUGUCUUCAAUCAAGCAUAUCCUCCGGCAAAUUCCACGACACAGGCUUCAAAUCCCGGACAGAUUUUUAAUAAUUUGGUUCACGUCUUUCUAUCUACGCCCGUGGCAUCAGAUCUCAGUCAGGCGAAGACAUCGCAACACAUGGCUGCCCGGAAUGCCGUCCUGAGUCACUUGCCACGUAUUGUGGCCACUGUGGCAGCACUGUGGGACAAUGAGAUUGGCCAGGCGCGGCUGGUUAAUAAGCAAUUGCUUGAAUUUCUCAGUCCCAUCUCCCUGCAUCAUGGUGUGAAUUUCCUAGCUGCUGUAGCAGUGGCGUGGCAGCAACGGGGUGAACAAUUCAGGCGGCAGAGUCAAGAGGAGAGCGAUAGCCGAAAGAAUUCUCUCACACCACCAGCGAAGGCUCUCCCUCAGGCUUGUACGGAGCAAUUGAGUCUCGUGCGACUUGUUUCGGGUAUUCGGAUAAUGCCAAUGGAUUCCUUUGUGCAAACCCUCCAUCAGGUGGUGAAAUCUCCACCGCCAAUUCAUCAUCCUCCAGCAGGAUUGAGCCUGGAUGUGAGUGCGCUGGAAUUGUUCUACUUCUACAUGCGCAAUGCCUCAAAUAGUCAACUUACUGAUUGCUGGAGCUCCCUCCUGGCACUUAUGCGCGAUGGUCUGGCCUUGACGCCACCGGCACAAUUUGUCCUGCUAGCUAUUCUCAGUGAAUUCGUCCAGCGUUGCCCGCAAUUCCCCUUUCCGGAUAAAAAGGAUCAACGUGAUUUGCACGACAUUACAUCACGCCUCGUGGAGGCACUCUCAACGGUGGCGGGAGCUUGUCUCGAGCAGACCACAUGGCUCCGAAGGAAUUUGGCCGUAAAGGAGGAUCUCGGUACGCUGCCAAUUGAUGGGAAUCGCAAUAUUAAAGAGAGCACAACGUCCCUCAUUGGGAAUCAAUUGUACAGCGUACAGGCACAAGCGGUACUUGCUGUAGUUCUCGCCAAUCUCCUGGAUGUGGCGUAUGGGUCACAGGAAAAGGAUAAAAUUGUGACCAUUGUAACGACGCUCAUGUACAAUAUUACGCCGUACCUUAAAAAUCACACAAUCCGCAAUAUUCCCUCUUUCUAUGCUUGCUCAAGUCUCCUAGCCAGCCUUUCCACGUACCAAUACACACGGAAAGCCUGGCGGAAGGAUGUGUUGGAUCUCCUCCUGGAUAAUUCCUUCUUCCAAAUGGAUCUCUCAUGCUUACCUUUCUGGAAAUCCAUCCUCGAUAGUCUCAUGACCUACGACAAUACGACCUUUAGGGAAUUGAUGAAUCGCGUUUCCUUGACACAAACUGGAGGUUUGAAUAUUUUCACAUCAAAGGAGCAGGAAUACGAACAGAGGGCAGCUCUACUCAAACGUUUGGCCUUUGUUAUCUUCUGCAGCGAAUUGGAUCAGUAUCACAAAUACAUGCCUGAGAUUCAGGAGCAACUUGCAAAUAGUUUGAGAUUGGAAAAGGUCGUUCCGUCCGUUCAGGCUGCUGUCUUUCUCUGCUUCCGCGUCCUCCUGCUACGAAUGUCACCGGAUCAUGUGACAUCCCUCUGGCCAAUUAUCAUCGCUGAAAUGGUUCAAGUUCUGUUGUCCAUUGAGCAAGAAUUGAAGACUGAUACGGAGGAAUUUAGGAAGCAGUCUAGCCAACACAUUCGCGUCCUUUCGGGAUUGGAUUCAACAUGGGUGACAAAUACAAGCAAUGGACUCCAUUCAAAUGGGCACCCACAGUGGCGAAUGGUACAGCUGGAGACGGCAAAACUCCUUGAAUUGGGAUGCGUUCUACCCGCAACGAAUCUGCCGCAUUUUCAAAUGUAUCGGUGGGCCUUUGUGGCGGGUCUCAAUGACUACGCAUUGGAUACACUGAAUGGGGAUGUAAAUGUAAAGCCGGGAGUACCAACGCCGUCCUCAGUAUUCAUUCCGCAUGUGACGAGAAUUGCAAGACUCAUGGAUUAUCGCUACACGAGCCAUUCACCGAGACCAGCAUGCUCGAGGAAGAACCAUUUAGUGCUGACAUAUCAGAGUAUUGCAAAUCUGCAGGAUCUCUAUGGAUUCUUCUCAACACUGAGCGUAACGUGGCCACCGUAUCAAUUUAACAGUGAUGUGGACAAGGAGGUAGCGACGUGCCUGCAGGAGAUUGAGAGUAUCCUCGCGGCGGACUUCCUGGAGAAGAUGCCGCAGUCGAUUGCAAGGUGAAGCGACAACAGACAAGAGCAGCAACACAGCACCAACUUCAUUCUGGAAUCCUUCCUCUCUGCGUACUUUGUGUGAUAUUUGAGGGACAUAUUUGUUCUCUAAAUCUGCGUGCAAUGUGAGAUAAAAAAAUGCAAAAAAAAACCGCCGUUGGAAAUCCUCCCGUUGAAAAAGCAUGAAAAGAUCAGAAGCGAUCCUCGCGUUUAUAUUCCUCUCUCUAUAACUAAUAAUUCGCACGCAAUUGCGCGAUCUUCAAUCGGCUCCAAACUUCAAUGGAAAAAUAUAUUAAAGUAAAAGUAAUAAAAUGAUGAAAAUAAAGAAAAAAUUGCUUAAAUAGCAACUAUCGUGAGUGAUAAGAAAGAUGGAAAAAUGCUUGACUUGACACAGUAUAAAAAAAUAAUAUAUAAUUUAAAAUUUCUAUACCAUAUAUUGAAAUGUGAGAUUUUAUUAAAUGUUUACGAAACACUAAA